GAAGGACACAUUUGUCGCAAGGAGAUCACUCAUUACAAUGUCGAUUGAAGACAGAUCAAUGGACGCUUUGAAAGAGUCGACGAUGGAUUCAUGUAAGAAGCUUUACCUCUGUUGAUGAAGUAAAUUGCGAGGAAAGUAAUUGAAGGCACUACUGCAGUCAUAGAUGGAAGUGACUAUGAAUGGUCAAUGCGCCAAAAUACAAGGCUUUAUUCAAUGAAUGAGGACGGCGGUGCCAAAGGUCACUACUUGUACGUCGAUGAGAACGGUUCGUUGAAAGCAGAUGGAGGAGAAAAUAGCGCAAGUACUUUCACAGUCUACACUCUCUCGGAAGAUGCUGAUUUAGUUAUGUUAAAGGUCGAAGAUUCUGCGGAUGCUACUGAGAAAUUUGUGGCUGUAGAUACAAACACUGACACUGUCAUUGUAAAGGCUCUCCCCUCAGGGACUUUAGGAAAGUUGAAUAACUCGAAGAAGGCCAAAAGUUCCCAGUCUGACAUUCUGUUCUACAAGAUAGCGCGCGAACCAGGGUCUACUCAGUUUUACUUGAAGUCCUAUUUGAAGUCAAGUCUGAAAGACUCGAUUAGUGUUGAUCGAAUCGUUGGUUUUGACCAUGACGGCGUUCCAAUUAAGACUACUGAUGUACAGCAAGGUUUAUUAGAGAGUCUCUUCAAGAUAUACUGAGCGCUGGCAACUUUUCUUAAUUUCUAACGUGAUUAUUAUGAUAAAUUUCUUUUUAACUAUGAACUUCUCUGGUGACAAAGGAUUAAUUUUAAUCCAUGAAUCAAUGAAACGCAUCUUAGAUAAUUGUUUAAUAAAUUUCUUAUGAACUAUAUACUAAAUUUGGAACUAUUUUGAAUAAGUGUUAAGAAAUUUUUUAGGCCUUUUAAAUUAUCUUGAAAUCCUUCAGUUAUGAGACGGUACUAGUCUUGUGAGUCUAGGUUUGUCAUGUGCUGCAAGACCACACACUUGUCUUUACCCAGUUUGGAGUGAUGUGUUUUUGACCGUUGUAGUGGGGCUUAAUUCUCGUACGAUAAACGUCAUCGCUGGUCGUUUUUGUGCUUGUCUUUGAUCUUGCUUAGAGUCCUCAACAGGAAGAUUUUUUUGGGUUUUAGUUCUCGAAGAUUGGUUGUUUUUUUUAGGUGCUUUGUUGUUCAUUUGGAAUGUCUCGUGAAAUUGUUUGGGUUAGCGUUCUAACUAUAUUAUUUGAAAUAAGUUUACUCUGUUUUAGUUUUCCGUAAGCCCAAACAUGUUUACCGGUAGGAUAUUUAAGAGCGUGUUCUUAAGGCAGAGAAACAGAGACAGAGACAGAAAGAGAAAAGAUAAAACAGAGAAUAAAAAAAAGUUGUUGA